CAAGUAAUUUGUAAACCAUUUCAAAUUGUUGUUUUGCACACCGUAAGAUUUUAGUUUGGAUAAAAGAAUAUUAUGAUUGACAGUAUCAAAAGCCUUUGAGAGAUCAAUGAAUAUCCCUAGUGUAAACAACCUUUUAUUAAAGGAUUCCGAUAAUUCACUUACCAAUUCUAUGACUGCAUGGUCCGUCGAAUGGUGCUUUUGGAAACCAACUUGUUUGUCAUAUAAAAUAUUAUUUUGUACUAGAUGGUCGUAGAGACGGUUAUACAUUAUUCUCUCAAAAACUUUCGAGAAACAUGGCAAUACGGAAAUAGGUUUAUAAUUAGUAACAUCGGAGUUUUCUCCUGAUUUAAAUAUUGGUGUCACUCUAGCAUUUUUUAAUUGGUCUGGCAACUGUCCAUACUUUAAGGAAAUACUAAAGAUAUAGAAUAGAGAUGGUUUAAUAAUAUCAUAACAUCUUUUUGCAAUAUUUACACUAAUAUCUUCAAGCCCUGGAAUUUUGUUUGGUUGUAAUGAUGAAAAAGCACUUCGCAUUUCUUUUAUGAUCAUGGAGAUAUUGAAGCGUCAUUUCAACUACACCCUGGGACCAUUAUUGCUAAUUUUAAUCGUGCCCAAUUUUAUUCUGACCCUGUGGUUUAUCGCUGUCAAAUGUGAUGGAAGUUUCAUUCAAUUCUAUAACGAGGCUAUUUCAAAAGGAGCAGAUAAAAUGUUUUUUACGAUUUGGAGAUCUGUGAACAUUAACAAUACCACAGCGUUGUCCGUUAUCAUUGGUUAUUCCAUUUGGGCGAUAUGCUUGCAUUUGCUAACGCCUGGUCCAAAAGUAAAUGGUCCUGUAACCCCUAAAGGAAAUGUUCCUGUUUAUAAAGAUAAUGGGUUCUAUAAUUUCAUCAUAACAAUGAUUGCAUUUGGUGUGUUAACAUACACAAGUAAAACAUAUUAUAAUGUCUCACCCACGUGGGUCUAUGAUCAUUUUGGUGACUUUCUAGUCAUUCUAAACGUAUGCAGCUUGUUACUAUGCAUUAUAUUGUAUCUUAAAGGGAGAUUUGCACCAUCUACCUCAGAUUCUGGUUCAUCUGGGAAUAUAAUAUUUGACUACUACUGGGGCACUGAGCUAUAUCCUAACAUCUUUGGUAUUGAUGUUAAGGUUUUCACAAACUGUAGAUUCGGAAUGACAGUUUGGCCGCUGUUAGUAACCAUAUUUGCUAUAAAGAAUUACGAAUUGUAUGGAUUCGUUGAUAGUAUGUGGGUGUCAUGGGCCAUCCAGAUGACGUAUUUUGCCAAAUUCUUUUGGUGGGAAUCAGGUUAUUACCGUACCACGGAUAUAAUGACAGAUAGGGCUGGUUUCUAUAUAUGUUGGGGCUGUUUAGUGUUCAUUGCUGGUUUCUACGCUUCAGUCUCCCUGUUCUUAGUUAACCAUCCAGUACGACUCGGCACUGCUCUGUCAUUAUUCAUUUUAGUUGUUGGCCUUGUCUCCAUCUGCAUCAACUACUUGUCUGAUAAGCAAAAGCAAGAUGUAAGGAAAACAAAUGGUGCUUGCUUAAUAUGGGGAUGUAAGCCAGACGUUAUAAAAGCCAAAUAUGUGUUAGAAAAUGGUAAAAAAUGCGAGAAUUUGUUGUUGGUUUCUGGCUGGUGGGGAAUUUCACGUCACUUUCAUUACGUACCAGAGUUAUGUCUAGCAUUCUGUUGGUCUGUGCCAGCUUUGUUCACUCAUGUUAUGCCUUACCUAUAUGUUAUUUUUCUGACCGUUCUGCUGAUUCAUCGUACUUUCCGAGAUGACGAGAAAUGCAAGAAGAAAUACACUGUUUACUGGAAUCAGUAUAUCAAGAAAGUUCCAUACAGAAUGAUACCUUAUUUACUUUAAAUCAACCUUAUGACUGUCCUCUAAAUACAUAAUCUUCAAAACAGGGCUUUCAAAACUAGGCAUACUAUCGCAACUGUGAAUGUUAUGUGCGUAAAAAUGUAUCAAAACACGUCUCACUUAAUUUCAUUGCUACAUAGUCACAAAAUUUUUACUUGUCAAUCAUUUUUCAUGUUUCUAGUGCAGAAACAUUUGCAGGCAGAAGUUUUUUUGUCGCAAAUUUUCCAAAAACACCAAUUCGCGAAAGUUCAUGUUGUGAAAAAAUUUUAAUACGACUUUUAUGUGAAAGUUUCUGUCUACGAUAGUUUCCGCACUAAAAGUAUACUUUUAAUACAAGAACCUAACGUUUCCAUACUACAUUCUCUUUUGUGUCCAUUAGCUACAAGCUGUGCGUACCAAAAUAUUUUUCACGAAAAAUCUGUGUACUACCAUUUGAAAAUAUUGAAAUGUUCAGUAUUUAACUUAAAUCUUCCAAAGUUUUUGUAGAUCGUUCUAAUUGUUCUUCCGAAGAAAGUUGUUCGUUAAUUAUCAAAGACUGGAAACAGGACAGUGGCUUCUUUAGAAAUAAAUAAAAAAACUAUUAGUAAGAAAAAGUAAGAAUUUAUCUAAAAAAGGAUUUCACGAAAAAUUCUUGUCAUCUGAUUUUUAGACUAUAUUGUAGAUCAGUUUUAAAGAAUAAAAAUUUUCAUUUUAUGCAUCUCUUUGUUUGUUGUUUACCAUUUUGUGAUUUUUCAUUUUUUUUUUUUUUUGCACCAGGCAUAACGAAGUAUAGCUAGACUACGAAAAAAAAGAGAAUGCUUGUCUUAAAGAAAUUCCUAGAUAUUUGAUAAUUUUUUUGAUACUUGAUCACUAAUACUCAAUUAAUAGUGAGUUGAGUUGUAACUUCAUUCAAACUUGUUUUUUGUUAAGCAAAUUUAUAGCAGCGAUAUUUAAGAAAAGAUGUUGUCUCAUGUUCUAGAAAUGGUAGGCAUAUCGAUUUGUUGUUUUUUAUAUCUAGUCAUUCUCGGCAAUUCUUUCGAUAGGUUUAUUCAUCUCCGUGAUACUUUCAUUGCAAAAAGAGCAGACUUUAUUUUUACAACAAUUGAACACGUGAAGUUUUUGAAAGAAUUAACACCAUUGAAUUAGCACCUAAAAUCAAAGUAAAACACUAUCUUUUGGAAUUUUGUAGAACACAGAAUCUCUGUCAAAGUUAUAUUUAGCGUAGGAAUAAUAACAAAUCGUCGAAGACGUGCCAAAGAGUAAAAACCAGACAUGUUGUUUCUUGGAGGCAAAAUUUGAAAACAAAAAACUAAAAUUGAUAUCAAAACAAAUCAAGAACAUAAUGUUGUAUGCUUGCUAAUUUGAAACAGUCGGCUUUGGUGAUAAACACAAACAAAGGAGCGAAGUUUUUUUCUGUCGAAGUUGUUGAUUUGUUCAAAUAAACUUAGCGUAAGCAUGUUAUACAUUAGCAUAUAUUUACGGAAAUGAAUUGAAAUUGGAAAUAACAGUCGUUCGGCUUGUGUGUUAAAAAUAUUACAAUAUCAAAAUGCAAUAUAUAAAAAAAUAAUAUUGGAUAAAACUGCAAGUUUGUGAUAAAGUUCAAAAACACAUAUUAAUUUGGUUGUGCAUAACAGAUUGCAAAACAGUUUAGUUUUUUAUUAAUCACCCGAAUAGCCGAACAUGUAUGAUUUAACUUUUCACCGAUAUUCAUUUAACCUAAAAAAUGGGGAAUUUCCUUACUGGUAAACGGGCAAACUAAUAACUCCUCCAAUAUUCGCCACUUGUAGGCUGCUAAAGCUCUAUGUUGGUAUGUGUAGUUCUGUUAAACAACGUGAAACAUGAUUCAGCUCCAUACCCACAUAAAUGAAAAAUCCUACCCACGUUCCCUGCAGAUUUGAUAUUUGAAGAGACGGGGACAAGACACCGUUUCUAGUGCAGCCAUAGAAGAAAAACUCAACCUACGACCGCUGAAGACUUGACAUUUCAAGAGGUGGGCAUAAGACGCAGUUUCUAAUGCGGUCAUGUAAAAUAAAAAUCCAGCCCAUGACCCGUAAAGACCUGAUAAUUUUUAAAAACGGCAUAUUAAGGGCAUUUUUUAUCAAAAAGUAGUAUUGCUUAAGAAUUUGGUUCUAUAACCUCAGAUCCAAAGUUAUGGUUUCAAAGAUAGUGUGUCUUAAGAAAAAAGAUCUUCAGUAACAGAAUUUGAAUCAUUCGAAAGCUUGACUAGGCACAAAUAUAGAUACCGUAUAUGUAAGCUGCUUGACCCCCCUCAUAUCUAGCCAAAAAUCAUCAACUUGCCAAUGCCAGCAGGUCGUGAAACUGCAACUUCUGCUUAUACGUAGGUAAUAUAAGCUGCGUUUGAAUUGUUGUGAACACAUCCAGAAUAAUAUUAGUGACUCCAAUUGAUGCCACUAUUAAGUAGGGUUCCUUAAAGAAUAAGUGUGCUUAAAACUUUAAUUGAAUGACUGAUGCUGUCUCAAACAGGUUUUGCUACAAAAAAAUUAAGGCAGUGUCAUCACGUACUGCUAAGCGACCGGACCAAUUUGUUGUUAUGGUCAAUUUACAGUUUAAACCCCAGCUGCACGCAUAGUUGCUUGUUUUUAUUUUUUAAGGACAGAUUUAUCCGGUUAAUUAGCAAUGAAAUUACAUAUCCUAUAUCAUAGGUUCUAAUCUGUCUGUACAUUGUAUUAUGUAUUGUCUAUGAUGUUCGCUUUAUUAUCAUUUUCAUUUUCAUUUCUUAUUUAUCAUCUUUCGUAAGUCUCUGCAUUCAACUUUAUUUAUCCGUUAUAUUUUGUAAACUAAACAAAUAAAAGUAUAAACAAUUUAGGUAAAUAAAAAUAAAAAUGUGUUUGUUGAAAAAUAAUAACUCAAAAAAUUUGAUAACUAAGAAUGUGAUUUAAAACAGAUUCUAACAUAUUCUCAAUAAGUUUUAAAUCCUUUUAUUUUCCAUUGUAUUAUGCAUUACAUGUAUGGAAAGCUGUGUAAAUAAAUCGGGUAAAGGUUGGUAUCUAUUUCAUUGAGUUUCAUGAUUUAAAAUUAGCAAUUUACCUAGAAAAAAUAUCGAUACCCAAUAACACAAAAGUAAAACUCAUAUCCAUAGCGCUUAACUAAGGCUGGCAAUAGCUUUUUUGAAAAGCCUAGGUCCUAACUUGUGCUUGCGAAAAGGAAUAUAAGGGAAGAAAAAUAACAGAUAAAACAUUCUAGUUUUUAAAUUUAAAGACAAAUCAUUCAACAUGUCGAAGCACAUUUGCAUUUUCUUCCUUGUUUUGAUGACUCUCAAUGUUGUUACAUCGAUAUACUUUGGCGGCAUACCUCAUCCAGGCAAACGAAGCAGUGUUGAGGAGGUGAUGACGUUGAAACGAAAUGCACAUGCAAAAGUUAAGCGGGCUCAUGUGGAGGGAGAAGGAGACGCAGAUUGUCAUAACACAAAACAUGGAUGUUGUCCAAAUGGAGUAACGUCAGCGCAAGGACCAGAUUAUUUUGGAUGUGCACAAUACGCAGCCCCAUAAACGGGAGACGAACAUAACAAUAAAGAAUGUAAUUAAUUUGUGGCAGAGAAUAAAAAUAAAUAUUUGUAACUACAACA